AUGGCAUCCACCACCCCCAACAACGACAACCAGCUACCACUAAAACAAAUCCCUGGCAGCUACGGCCUCCCCUUCAUCGGACCGAUUUUCGACCGACACGAUUAUUUCUACAACCAAGGAAGAGACAAAUUCUUCUCAACAAGAAUCCAAAAAUACAACUCAACUAUCUUCAGAACCAACAUGCCACCAGGUCCAUUCAUUUCCUCUAACCCAAGAGUCAUUGCACUCUUGGACGCAGCUUCUUUCCCGAUCCUUUUCGACAAUACAAAAGUCGAGAAACACAACGUCUUCGACGGUACCUUUAUGCCAUCGACAAAUUUCACCGGAGGCUACCGUGUCUGUUCACAGUUAGACACAACUGAACCUAACCAUGCUCUUAUCAAAGGUUUCUUUCUUAAUGAACUUUUGUUGAGAAAAGACUCCUUUGUCCCUCUCUUUAGAAGCAUACUUUCUGAAGCUUUUAAUGAGAUUGAAGAAGGGCUUUCUAGUAAAAGCGGUAAAGCAGAUUUUAACACUAUUUUUAGUGUGGCUUCGUUUAACUUCAUGUUUCGCCUUUUUUGUGAUAAUAAGGAUCCUUCUGAAACUAAACUUGGUUCUCAAGGUCCUAAAAUGUUGGACGCAUGGAUUAUCUUUCAACUUUUUCCAAUUGAAACCCUAAAACUUCCUAAGAUUUUCAAUUAUCUUGAAGAUAUCUUGCUCCGUACUGUUCAAUUUCCUGCUUGUUUGACAAGGUCCUCUUACAAGAAGCUCUACGAAGCAUUUUCUUCUUCAGCUGUAACACUUUUAAACGGAGCAGAAAACGCAGGAUUGAAAAGAGCCGAAGCAUGUCACAAUCUCAUUUUCAUAGCUGGUUUCAACUCAUACGGCGGAUUCAAGAAUCAGUUCCCAACACUCUUCAAAUGGAUAGGUUUAUGCGGCGAAACGCUUCACAAAGAACUCGCAAACGAGAUAAGAAGCGUUGUAAAACAAGAAGGAGGAGUAACAAUUCGGUCAUUGGAAAGAAUGCCCUUAGUAAAAUCUGUUGUUUAUGAAACCAUGAGGAUUGAACCUAUUGUUCGUUAUCAAUAUGCAAAAGCGAGAGAGGAUUUGAUCGUGGAGAGUCAUGAUUCUGCUUUUGAAGUUAAAAAGGGUGAGAUGUUAUUUGGAUACCAACCUUUUGCUACUAAGGAUCCUAGGAUUUUCGAUGAUGCUGAGGUUUUUGUUCCAACGAGGUUUGUUGGGGAAGGUGAAAAGUUAUUAAAGUAUGUUUUAUGGUCGAAUGGGAAAGAAACAGAUGAACCUUCUGUGGAUAAUAAACAGUGUCCUGGGAAGAAUCUGGUUGUGCUUUUGUGUAGAUUGUUUUUGGUUGAGUUUUUCUUGCGUUAUGAUACUUUUGAAUUUGAGACUAAAGAAGCUGUUGUUGGUGUUUCUAUUACCAUUACUUCUCUCACCAAGGCUUCUACUACUUGA